AUGGCCUCCAAACAAGCUAAAAGAAAAGAAGUGCAUCGGAUCAACUCUGCCCACGGAUCAGAUAAAUCUAAAGAUCUUUACCCUUUUGGCAGCAGUGUGCCGCUGGGUUCAGUUGAACAGAAGAAGGGAAAGUUCCCGAUCUGGCCAGAAUGGAGCGAGGCAGAUAUAAAUGCCGAAAAGUGGGAUGCAGGCAAAGGAGUAAAAGAGAAGGACAAGACCGGCAAGAGCCCUGUCUUUCACUUUUUUGAAGACCCUGAAGGAAAGAUUGAAUUACCACCAUCAUUGAAAGUCUUUUCCUGGAAACGUCCACAAGAUUUUAUAUUUAGCCGACCUCCUGUAGUUGUGAAAAAUGAAUUGAUGUUUGACUUGUUUUCACCAAAUGAACAUUUACUCUGCAGUGAGCUUAUGAGGUGGAUUAUCAGUGAAAUCUACGCUGUGUGGAAGAUAUUCAAUGGAGGGAUUCUGAACAAUUACAAUAAAGGAAAUUCGGGAGAGCUUCCUAUCCUGCUCUGGAAGCCCUGGGAACACAUAUACUCUCUCUGCAAGGCUGUAAAGGGCCACAUACCUUUGUUUAACAGCUAUGGGAAGUAUGUUGUGAAGCUUUACUGGAUGGGUUGCUGGAGAAAGAUAACUAUUGAUGACUUUUUUCCAUUUGAUGAGGAUAACAAUCUGCUGCUUCCAACUACAACCUAUGAGUUUGAACUCUGGCCAAUGUUACUGUCUAAAGCCAUCAUUAAGUUGGCAAAUGUUGACAUUCAUGUAGCACAGAGGAGAGAGCUUGGAGAAUUCACAGUUAUCCAUGCACUUACCGGGUGGUUACCUGAAGUCAUUCCUCUUCAUCCAGGGUAUGUAGACCGAGUUUGGGAGCUCUUGAAGGAAAUAUUGCCUGAGUUUAAGCUCGCAGAAGAUCACAGUUCUGAAAGCAAAAUUGCAGUGAUAGACAACAAACUGAAGGAACCUGGGAAAGAGAUGAAGGAUAACAAGGAAGUGAAAGAUGGAAAGGAAGUGAAAGAUAUGAAGGAUUUCAAACCAGAAUCUUCCCUAACAGCCCUGAAGGCACCAGAGAAAAGCGACAAAAAUGUGAAGGAGAAAGCAGAUGCAAAAGACCUUGGGAAGAAGAAGAAUAAGGAUGGAGAGAAGGAGAAGGAAAGAUUCAAAUUUUCACUCCAUGGUUCAAGACCCUCAUCUGAUGUUCAGUACUCUAUGCAGUCCUUGUCAGAUUGCUCCUCAGCAAUACAGUCCCCUCAUAUGGUUGUGUAUGCCACCUUUACACCACUCUAUUUGUUUGAAAACAAGAUCUUUACAUUAGAGAAGAUGGCGAAUUCUGCAGAGAAACUUAGGGAAUAUGGACUUUCCCACAUCUGUAGCCAUCCUGUGCUGGUGACCAGAAGUAGGUCUUGUCCCCUUGUGGCACCCCCCAAACCUCCUCCCUUACCACCCUGGAAACUCAUUCGCCAAAAAAAGGAAAAAGUCAUAACAGAUGAAGCUCAAGAUACUGUGCCGAAGAAGCCCGAGCAGUUCCUUGAAAUUUCAAGUCCAUUUUUGAAUUAUAGAAUGACUCCAUUUACGAUUCCAACAGAAACGCAUUUUGUACAAUCUGUUGUUAAGAAAGGAACCCCUCUGGGUUCCAGCCUUCCUCAACUUGUGGAAAAUGAGCUAAGUGCAAGCACCAGCCAAGGCGAAAUGAGCACGGUAACAGGAAACCAGUCGCAGGGUAAUGUUUUAUCGCAAACUAUAACUGGAAAAGAUGAACAGACAGAGUUUUCACUGGGUGAUACCCAUCCACCUGAGGCUAUUGGUUUAGAAAGGGAUUUGAUCAGCCUUACCACAGCAACACAGGACAAAUCACAGGAGGAUUUUGCAACAAUAAAUGAGGGUGCUUCCAAAGAAAUAUGGUUAGAUUUUGAAGACUUUUGUGUGUGCUUUCACCACAUAUGUAUUUUCCAUAAGCCAAGUUCUUAUUGUCUUAAUUUUCAAAAAUCAGAAUUCAAGUUCUCAGAAGAACGUGUGCCCUACUAUCUGUUUGUGGACAGCCUGAAGCCUAUUGAACUACUGGUUUGCUUUUCUGCUUUGGUGCGCUGGGGGGAAUCUGGAGCCUUAACAAAAGACAGUCCUCAUGUGGAGCCUGGACUCCUGACAGCUGAAGCCAUCACCUGGAAGUCCCUGAAGCCUCUCAGUGCAAUUUUGAGGAUCCACACCUAUGCUACGAAGGCUGCCAUGGUGCGCCUGCCUGUCGGGAGGCACAUGCUACUCUUCAGUGCAUAUUCCCCAGUGGGACACGCCAUACAUGUCUGUAGCAUGGUGACAUUUGUCAUUGGGGACGAAGAUGUUGUACUGCCCAACUUUGAGCCGGAGAGCUACCGAUUUACAGAACAGUCUCUAACAAUUAUGAAAGCUAUUGGAAAUGUGAUUACUAGUUUCAAAGACAAAGGUAAAUUGUCUGCAGCUAUGAGGGAUCUACAAGCAGCUCACUACCCUAUCCCCCUCUACAACAAAGAACUCACUGCUCAACACUUCCGGGUUUUCCACAUAUCAUUGUGGCGUUUAUUGAAAAAAUCUCAAGUAGCCAAGCCUCCUUUAAACUUCAAAUUUGCAUUUCGGGCUAUGCUUUUAGACACAGACUUACUGGAUUCCUUUGCAGAGGAUGCCUCUUUAGCGGAAUGGGUAGACCUUAAGUACACUAUGCCAAUAAAUGAGAAGGAGUAUUCUCCCGAGGAAAUAGCUGCUGCAGUGAAAAUUCAAUCCAUGUGGAAAGGGACCUAUGUCAGGAUGCUCAUGAAAGCCAGAAUGCCAGACACAAAAGAAAAUGCCAGCGUUUCGGAUACCCUUCAGAAAAUUUGGGCCGUAUUAGACAUGAAUAUGGAACAGUAUGCACUUUCUCUUCUAAGACUAAUGUUUAAGAGCAAGUGUAAGUCUAUGGAGUCUUACCCAUGCUAUCAAGAUGAAGAAACCAAGAUGGCCUUUGCUGACUACACAGUGAACUUUCCAGACCAGCCACCAAAUUCUUGGUUUAUAGUAUUCAGGGAAACAUUUUUGGUUCCUCAAGAUAUGAUCAUACUCCCCAAAGUAUAUACUACUCUUCCGAUCUGUUUGCUGCAUGUUGUUAACAAUGACACGAUGGAGCAAGUGCCAACGGUGUUUCAGAAGGUGGUGCCUUGCCUUUACCCCAAAAACAAGAAGGGAUACACUUUUGUGGCUGAAGCAUAUACUAGUGACGCAUAUGUGUCAGGUGCACGAUGGAAACUGCGGCUCAUUGGCUCUGACAACCCACUUCCAUUUCUCUCCCGAGAUACUCCAUGCAGCACCUUCAUCUUGAAGGAGAUCAAAGACUACUACAUCCCUAAUGACAAGAAAAUCCUGUUCAGGUACUCCAUUAAAGUGACAGUGGCACAGUUUAUUACAAUACAGGUCCGCACAUCCAAGCCUGAUGCCUUCAUCAAGCUGCAGGUGCUGGAAAGCGAGGAGACCAUGGUGAGCACUAUGGGCAAAGGGCAAGCCAUCAUCCCUGCUUUCUACUUUCUGGGAAGUGAAAGAGCAUUGAGCUCCCAGUCUAGCAAACAAAUUCUCUUAUCUCACACUUCACCUAAAAAAGAACAAGAAGCGAUGACCAAGAAAAAAUCCGCCCUAUCAAGUCAGAAAUCCUUUAAGGUCAGACCUGGAAUCGUGGCAACAGAGGGUGUGCCUCUGAUGGAAGAAGAAGCUAUGAAUGUUACAACUGUAGAAGAAAAUUCUAGCACACCACAACAGUGCUACAAGUACAUCAUACAGUGCUUGGUGAUGUUUAACAGCUGGCCUCUCACUGAAUCUCAGCUGAUAUUUGUUCAAGCACUAAAAGAGUUAGAGAAAAUUGAUAUCAAAGAGAAACACGAAGAACUAACUACCGUAGGAAGCCCAGACUUCCAUGCUACCAGUGAAGGGCAGAAAUCUGUAGGAGUUUCCAAAACAACAAGGAAAGGCAAGGAGAAGGCAGCCGAGAAAGAGAAGUUGGCCAAGGAAAAGCAAGCACCUCGCUUUGAACCUCAG